AUGGAGGAACCUUGGCUUGAUCCGGGCACAGAAAAGCCGGCUCCCACCGGCCCUGUCCCGCGGGACGAAGAGUUGGACGCGUCGAAACCGACAGGAGACAUUGCAGAUACCGGGGAGGUCGUCGAUGUUGGCACAGGCACGGAGCAACCAGGGACUGAACAAGGGCCGGUGCCAGCACCACCCGCGCCGUCGCGACCUGGACUGCAGCGCAACUCACUCGCGGCUAUAGAGCCCAUGUCCCUCACGCCCGCACCGGAUCCGCCUUCUGCGGCAAAUAAUAACAUUGCUGUCGAUGGCGUCCCGACCGACUCCCUCUCGCUCAUGCAGCUUCGGCGCAUCGUUGCAGAGGUCAACCGAGCCGAACCAAUAGCGUACGACUUUGAAUACACAGACUUUGGUCCGCACGCCGAGGAGCUAGAUGAGUGGUUCGGAUAUCAAUUCUGGCAGUGGGUGCGACUCAACUCCUGCCAGAAGGCAUUCGAGUGGCACUGGGACAAUGAGAACGCGACGAGCAACGCAGAGGUACCGGCCUGGGACGACGCCGACAACGAGGUACGAACGAGGUUCAUACGCGCGGCCAUUGGGGGCGUACAGAGCAACGAUGCAGCUUUACGCUCCGCAAGCAUUGGGAAGCUGGUCUACCUGGUUCUCGGGCGAUGGGGCGAUACAGCCAUGCCCAAUGCCACGGCCGAGGACUCAAAGUCGGUUGCGAGCAUAUCGCAAUUGAGAGCCAUCAAGGCGGGCGUUGAGUGCCUGACAUCACUGGAUGGUCUUCCCGUCGUGUGGGAAGCCCUCAGGAACAGCUUCGAGGUGCACUGGUCUGGAGACCAACAAGGCACGUCGCAAGAAUCACAGGACGAGUUGAUGAACUUGAUGACGAUUAUGUACUUUGCCAUCGAGGAGGCCCUGCACGACCCAGAAGACAUGGCGGCUACGCAUGGCAAGCUUUUGGAACUAAGUCCCUCGCUGGUGGAUUUCAUGCUGUCGGCAACGGCCAAGUUACGGUGGGACGAGGCUCAGUCGAUGCCGCACAUGCAGAUUUUCCUGUUGUUUUGGAAAUCAAUUCUGUUGGUGUUUGGAGGCGGCGAAGAGCUCGAAAGUGUCAAGGAAGCGACCAGCGAAGCAGACGCCAAUGGUCUUGACAAGGAGACCAUCACGGCAUCGCCGCUGGACUAUCAUGUCUUUCGCCAAGAGAUCACAUCCAAAUAUCCUGCCUACGUGCCACCGAGGCCGUCCAUACCCCUGGAGGCAGAAAAUACAUCACUCCUGCCACCCCUGCCGAACCAGACAUCACGGCACAGUGCCGGCAACGGGAUCGUGCCAGCACCGCCCAACUCACAGAAUGGGGGAGCCUCGAUCUUGGAUCAGCCAGUGCACAUUGCGACGCCCGCGCCGUCGCCACCGCCAUCGCCAGGCGUGGGCAAGGGCGGCAAGAAGCAGAAUUACCAAACGAAUCAAAACUUCCCCUUCAUGUACCCUCCCCUCGAUGCUACUAGUAACAGCGCAGGUGGAAAAGGUCUAGCUGGAAUCAACGAAACCCUCGUCAGUCGGCGCUGGGAGGGAAGCGAUAUCCCCGCAUCGAUCCUCGAGGCCGGCGAGCUCUUCUCGAGCCGCGUGCGUAUGACGCGCGCGACGAGGCAGCUGUGGGAGGAAAGGGAGCUAUUCCAGAAAUACGACCGGGGGUGGGACUCUGCACCGGCAGGCGAUUCUGAUGACGAUAAUGACGAUAUCGAGGAUCUGAACCUGGACGAGCUCACCGUGGAAGAGCGAGAAAUCCUCAAAGAGAUCAAGGUGGAGGACAAGAAACAAGAGCAGCCUCCCCUGCCGAUGGACUCGGGACCAGACUUUGGACCACGUCCGGAGCGUUUGAGUGAGAGGGACAAGCAGAGGCUGUGUGCGGUAGAGAGUUUUUACCGCGAUGCCCUGCCUCACCUUCAAUCCUUGGUCAUCGUCCUCCUGCGACCUAUUCUCAACAACGUCACGGCUAUUGUCUCGCAGCAAUCACCCGCCGGUGGACCGUCAGGCGCUGGGCCUCCUAGGGGACCCCAGCAAGGCAUCAAUGGCGGCGUGAACGGACCUCGGCCGCAAGAGGCACAAGCCCAGGGUGCACACAAUUCACCACCGGAGUCCCCGGAGAUGUCACCCGAGGAGCUGGAUGCGGCGCGUACCCGCGAGAUCACGACCAAAGCCAUGACAGGCAUACUCCUUCUGCUCCUCAAAUGGCUGAGAGCAUCCCACGUCUUGAGCUACGAGUACUUAUCGCAACUUUUGCUGGACUCUAACUACGUCCCACUGGUUUUGAAGCUGUUCGCCCAUCAGGACGUUCAGCAGGUUGUGGAUAGCAAGACGGACCGAGCUGAAAAUAGCUUUUUCCACUUCUGCAACCUUCGGUCACGUCUCAAGGAUAGGUUAGAGGGAGAUGAAAACGAGGAUGACGAGGAGGAGCAGCACAAGGCGGAGGCCCCGCCAGCUGACGUGGAAAGCGAGGACGACGCUGCGCCUCCUCCUAUUCGACGGAGACGCCAUCCCUCGGAAGCAAAUGGUCCCGCCACUGCCAGUGAUGAGCCCGAUGGUGGACAGCGAUCCGCGCAAGAGGCCGAGGAUGACGAGGGUUUGACGCGUCCUGAAGUCGACGAGCUGGGCUACCCAGUGACGAACCUGCCAGAGGAGCCCAUUACGGAUUUCUCGCGGCGAAACUUCUUCUCCCUCAUCAACUAUCUGCGCAUCAUGCAGAAGAUCUGCAAGGGCAAGGCGCACCGCAACCUGCUGCUGGUGCAGUACAAGUCCUCCACCAUCCUCCGCAAGUCGCUCAAGAUACCGCAGCCGGACCUGCGGCUGUACACGCUCAAGCUCUUCAAGAACCAGGUGCCUUACUGCGGCCGUAAGUGGCGCCAGGGCAACAUGCGCGUCAUUACCGCCGUCUAUCUCCACUGUCGCCCCGAACUACGAGACGAGUGGCUCGCGGGCAGCGACGUCGACGCCGAGGUCGACUCCGCGCUGCCUCUGGAGCAGGCGCUCCGUAGCCUGACCCACUGGCGGAAUCUGAGGCGCUACCCGGAGAAGAUUGCGCCCAGGAUAGGCAGGAAGUUGAGAGAAGAGCAGGGUGAUUUCUUUGGGCGAGAGCUGGAGAGGCUGAAUAUUGGAUGGCAGAUGGGCGAUGAUGGAGAGAUGGAGGCAGAGGGAUGGCCGUGA